AUCAGAUCAAUAAAUCGAAUGAAUCGACCCCGAUCAGCCAGAAAUCAAUAUCGGCUCCUUUCAAUGCGCCAACUCCCAGGUUAUUUCCCCAAACCAUGUGAGAUUUAGUUCUUGAGGCGGAGAAAAUGGUCUACCCUACUCUUUCUUCCGAGCCUAGGUAGAGCCUUGUAAGCCCAUCAUGGCAUGGAAGGAUCUUCUUGAUUACAUGCAAUGCCGCGCGAAAGGAACAAAAAAAGAAAAGAAGCAAAAAAAAGAAAAAAAAAAAAGUCUAACCCGCGAAUUUUGUGGGAUCGGAUCGCAUUACGUGGCGCGCGGCAGCGAGGAAGGACUGUCAAAAAAAGAUGAUCACCAAUGCAGCGGGAACCAGACAAGGAUCACAAGCACCGGAACCAGGUGGAGCCUCUUGGACGAAUACGCAUUGAAACGAGUAAUAUCGGUCUAUCGAUCAAAAUUAAACCACCCCCAACCGAGAGGGAGAAAAGGAGAGAGAAAACAACAACAAAGCUACGAGGGAAAGAAAAUAAUCUAUCUGAUACCUUCCAUCGGUUCUAGAGGCACCCCGCCGAAUUCGGCAACAAUGCACCGCCGCUGACACUAUCGAUGACCAGUCGCUACUUUUGCAAACUGUUGUUUGUUUUGUUUACUUUGUUCCAUUUUCACUUGCGAUGCACUGUGACCAACCCAUCUGAUUUUAUCAUUUUUAUGCCCGUGCAUUACCAGGGGAGGGG